CCCUGCGGUGCAGUGCUGACAAGACGACUAAUUGAGUUGUUGUAGCAAUUAUCAAAAAACCCUCUCAGACAUUAUAUAUAAAUAAGCUCUGAAAAUUAUAUAAUCUCAGCUAUAUCAUGAGCCAAUAUUUAGUUUCUUAAAAUAUCGACGAAAAUAAAUUUGAAAGGAUGAUGGGGCAUAGCGGCGCUUGCAAAAUUCUUCUCGCCAUAGCGACUCUGUUGACCGUCCUAGGCGCGGCCAACGGUCUGCCUCGAGACUACCUCCACGAGCUCGACGAUAAUGAACUUCUCUCUGAAUACUUGGAGCCGCAACAGGAAUUUCAUAAGAAACUGUUGCUGGAUCUUAACAUUGAAGAGGAUGAUGAACUAAAAAAAUCAAAAGCUUUUUCCGAACGUUUAUCGUUUGAAAAAACCCGAAAGAAAGAAGAAUUUGACUGGAUUCAAGAUGGCUUAGCAAUAAUCAGUCAAUCCGCGAACGCUACAAUACCGGACACAGCUUCUACAACACUGGACACAGCCUCUACAACACCGGACACAGCCUCUACAACACUGGACACAGCCUCUACAACACUGGACACAGCCUCUACAACACUGGACACAGCCUCUACAACACCGACCACAGCCACUACAACUCCGACCACAACCACUACAACUCCGACCACUACUACAACACCGACCACAGCCACUACAACUCCGACCACAACCACUACAACUCCGACCACGACUACAACUCCGACCACAACCACUACAACUCCGACCACGACUACAACACCUCUAGAUCCAUUCUUCUUCUUCUAA